GGAGGGCCGCCUGUUAAAAGUGGAUUUCCCCGAGCUGUUGCCCAGAGUCAGGCCGGUAGGGGAGAUGGCCUUGAUGAAGCGGCGUGGCUGCUACUGCCUAGCGGCGGUGCUGAUCCUGACCGCCGCGGUGGUGGUGCUGGUGGUCCUCCUGACCCUGCCGAGGUGUGCCCCGCCGUGGUAUUCGCGCGCAGCCGUGGCCGCCGACACCAAGACUUGCUCGGACGUCGGAAGUAAUAUCUUGCAACGUGGAGGCUCAGCUGUAGAUGCUGCCAUUGGUGCCUUGAUCUGCACCUCUGUCCUGAACCCCCAGAGCAUGGGAUUAGGGGGAGGUGCCAUCUUUACCAUCUAUAAUGCAUCUACAGGAAAGGUUGAGGUGAUUAAUGCUCGUGAGAAAGCCCCACAAGCCAUUUCAAGAGACUUACUGGAUCAGUGUCAACCCACUUUCCUGCCAGGAGCACAAUGGAUUGCAGUUCCUGGGGAACUUCGUGGGUACGAAGAAGCUCACAAGCGCUAUGGCAAAUUGCCGUGGGAGACACUGUUUACACCCACUAUCAAGCUCCUUGAGUCUGGAAUCAAGAUACCAAGGAUUUUGAGCCUAUUUCUCAUGAACCCAAUCUUACAGGGACCUUUGAAAAACUCUUCUUUAGGCAAACUGUUUUUUAAUGAAGGUAAUAUCCUGCAAGAAGGACAGACCCUUCAGUGGCCAGCCCUAAUAGAAACCCUGAAAGCAGUGGCAAAAAAUGGAGCCAACGAAUUUUAUACAGGGAAGACAGCAGAGAAGUUGGUGGAAGAUGUGAAAAAGGAAGGUGGCACUUUGACAUUGGAUGAUCUUAGGGAUUAUCAGGCUGAAGUUGUGAAACCCUUGAAUAUUUCACUGGGUGAAUACACCGUGUAUUCUGCCCCUCGACCAGCUGCAGGGCCCAUUCUCUUCUUCAUCCUUAAUACCCUGAAAGGGUUCAACUUCACCAAGGCAACCAUGAACACACCCCGUGAGAAGGCGGAGGCUUACCACUAUAUUGCAGAGACUCUGAAGUUUGCCAAUGGCCAGAAAACAAAAGUGGAAGAUCCUGCAUUUUCCUCUAUAAAGGAGGAUGUUAUUAGGGAGCUGAUAUCGGAUUCCUUUGCUAACCGUGUCAGGGCGCAAAUCGACGAGAGAGGGGACCAUGCUGCCACCCAUUACAACCUCACCCAGGCGGGAACAGUGGGUUUUGGCACCUCUCAUGUUUCUGUCCUUGCUGAAGAUGGCAGCGCCGUUUCAGUCACCAGCACCAUCAACCACCCGUUUGGCUCAAUGGUGUAUUCUCAGAGCACCGGGAUCCUUUUAAACAAUGAGCUUGCUGACUUCUGCAUGAAGCGGUUGAACAAAGAGAUCUCUCCAGGAGAGAUGCCACCCUCUUCCAUGUCACCAGCCAUCCUCAUUUCCAGCAACGGGCAGUCCAAGCUGGUGAUUGGCGGCUCUGGUGGGACCCUCAUCACGCCUGCUGUAGCCCUGGUGAUUGCAAACAAGCUGUGGUUCGGGUAUGAGCUGGAUGUCGCCAUCCAGGCUUCCAUUCUCUAUGCUAACACGAGCAACUCAAUCAAGGUUGAGCCGCACUUCGAUAAGGACGUCCUAAAGACACUGCAAGAAAAGGGACACCAAAUCGUUGUUGACAGGAGGACACUAAAUGUGGUGCAAGGAAUUUCCAAGGAGGGCCCCUGCACUUUUGCUUACUCUGACCUGAGGAAGCAAGGGGAAGCAUCAGGCUAUUAGCCCUGCCAGGGCAAAGGGACUGUGGAGAAACUGGACUUUUUACUAUGUAUUCAGGGAGAAGCUGCAGCUUUGACAACUGUGUCCAGCACAGAGUCAAACGGACAUCCUAGCAGGGAGCCCUGCUUUUUUACACCUUUUUUUCAGCAAGCUGAAACAAUGAAAAAACUUAUUAUAGGCACAGAGAUAUAUAUUUUGGUGGACAAGGGCAGCUGUUUAGAUACAAUGGACAGAGCCGCAUGUAAACCUUCUGCCACACUUCUCUGUUGGGAGGAGAGAGAACAACAGCUGGAUUCUUUUCCCUUUCUUGCACACUUUGGAUGUUCUCCUCUGCCAGUGUAGGGGGACUGCGUAAAUGUAGCUUUUACUGCAAUAUUGCAAGGGGGGGGAGCAAGUUCUGAGCCAAUUAAUUUGUUUUGCUGACUGAAUGUUCCUAUGCCAAAUGGAGGGCAGACCCUUAUGUAGGACUUGCUGCCAUGCACUUCAGAAGGGGAGGGUGCAGUACUAACCAAGCUGAGCCAUACCUUACUCUGCACCUCAGCAUUGCUAGUAGUCCGGUCACAGUCCUAAAGGUGUUUUUUC